UUUGUAGUUCGAUGCAUUCCGUGUUGUCCUGCAGUGUAAUCGUGGGUUCGACGUUCGAGAUAAAAAGGUUUUUCAGACGGCUCCCGAUGCAACACUGAAAAAAUGAGCGAGGCCUUAACAGAAGGUGCGCUGCCUCUGUCGUCCCUUCGCCUGCUCGUCUCUCCCCUGCAGCUCAUGUCCGCUGCUUUGUGGGGGAUCGUGCAGCACAGAGCGGUGAGGCACUACGGGCUGCUGGAGGACUUCAUCACCGCUCUGCACGACACUAUCCCGGGUGUACUCACCCAGCGUGAGAGGGUGCACAUAAGCCUGGGCUUACGGGCGAAGGUGGUGUUAGAGAUGUGUAACAGUGAUGACUUGUGCUACAGACAAAAUCUCGAGCCUCAUCUGAAGAAGAUGGAGGAUCUUAUCAUGGAGCUGGCUGACGAGGAAUCCCAAUCAAAGAUAAACGCAUCAUUUGCUAUUUUUUCUGAAGUCAUUUACUCACUGUUGGAUGAUCCAAAUGAAAAGGACAUGUUUUAUCAGAAAAUGUUUACCUCAGAGUUUGACUUCAAGUUUGACUCAUCUAUGCAAACUCUUGUGAGAAAAUUACUACUGCAUUUGGAAAACUUACUCCCUGUGCCAAGUCUUGAUCAAACUUCACUAUGGCUGGGGCUGUGUCCUUCAGUGUUGAAGGAGUGUGAGGACAUUUUGAAUGAACCUGGACCUCUCAAUGACCUCAUCCAACACCAUAAACACAACUAUACAUUUUCAACAGAACACUAUGUUGAAGACAUUUUCCCAAACCUCUCUGGUCUACCAGACCUACAAACUGAAACUAAGGCCACACAUCUCCAGAGCUCAGAUACAUGGGGAGAUGAACCACAGGCAGUCACAGUGAGGACAGAGGAGGAUGUCCCGUCUGUGGAAGUCUCUCUUUCUUAUGAUGCUGAUGAUCAUGAUGAAGAGUACUACAGCACAGAUGUGCCCCCACAUAUAUCUAUUGGCAAGAAAUCCUUCAGAUGCCCCAUCUGUGGUCUUAAAUUUGAUAAUUUUUCUUUACUCAGCAAACACCGUAUCUCUGGAUGCUAUAUCGAAGACAUUACAGUUACUCAGGUCAAUUUGGAUUCAAAUACUUUGAAAGAGGAGACUCCAUGUGUGUCCAUAGAUUCUGAUGGUGUUACAAAACACAAUAUUCACAGAGACGACAUACUGUGCCUCUUGUGUGGCCAGGUCUACACACAUAAGACUUUACUAGAACACCAGAAGGUUUGUGCGGUGCGAUAUGAGCAGGAGAAACGGACCACUGCCCAUUUGGACCCCUUUGAGGAACACAUGUGUAAAAGAAGCCGUCGAGUGAAGACCUGCUCCAAAUGUGGACAAACCUUUACCCAUUCUGACGCAUUGACCAGCCACCUGAGAGCCCACACUGAAGAGGUUUUUGACAAUUAUGAAAAUGAUGAGCUACACCAGGAAAAUGGAUACAAGGAAAGAAAUGAAUCUUUAAGAGAUGUUGAUUACACACAAAUAUAUGGUGACCAAAAAUGCAUGAAACAGUGUGUGGUUGUUCUUAAGCGUCUAUCUGCCAGCAGUGAAAUCUCUCAGGACAAGACUAAUAUGUUUUCAUCUGAAGAAUUUUUGAAGAAGAAUUUAAAAAAAUGUCCAAAACAAAUUAAGCUAAAACAUCUGACAAACAAUGAUCUUUAUUCUAUUUUGAUUCCGCCUUGUGACUUUAAGUCUUUGGCUAGUAUCACCAAGAACAAUAUAGACACAAAUUCUGAUUCUGGAAGAGAAUCUGAGAAUGGCACAUCUACCCAAUGCAUGAAGUGUACACUGUGUGACCAAACAUUCUCUAAAAUUCUUCUGUUGAAGAGACACUAUUUUAAUGUGCAUCGAGUCAAAGGCUCCUAUCAGUGUCCUUCCUGUAAGAGAAGCUUUGUGAGGCUGUGUGACUUGGUGAAACAUCACCAGAACAUACGUCUCCUUGAGUGUGACACAUGUAAAAAGGGUUUCACAAAUUUGAAGUUGCUGAAAAACCACAAAGCACUAUACAACAACACCUGUGCAACACCACACAUCUGUGAGAUAUGUGGAAAAGCAUGUUUGAAUGCUGGAAUCCUCAAGCAGCAUCGAAAUACACAUACAAUUGAAAAUGAACAGACUGACUGCUCAUAUUGUGGCAAAAAGGUUUAGUUCAAGGUUCACUCUGCGAGUACAUAUGAACAGGCACACAGGUGGCUUCCCGUGCCCAAUAUGCCCCAAGGUAUUUUAUAAGUGCACAUACUUCACAAGACACAUGGACAGACACAAUGGUAAGGAACCAUACCUUUGUGAGAUCUGUGGUAAAGGCUGGCCCACUCAAGCCUAUCUGGACAGACACAUGGUCAAACACUCAGAGGAGCACCCCUUUAAAUGUGACCAGUGUGAUAAGACUUACAAGAGACAAAGUGUUCUGGCAGCACACAUCAGAAGUACGCAUUUGGAUCUCAGGCCGUUUGUGUGCAGUCUCUGCGGCAAAGCGUAUAAGUUUAGCAAUACCCUUAAGGAACAUAUGAUUAAGCACACAGGAAUAAAUCCAUACAAGUGUUCAAGAUGUGGGAAAGGAUUUUGGCGGCAAUAUUGUCUCAAGAAGCACAGAGAAACAAAAUGUCUAUAAUUUUUUUGUCAAGAUAUAGACAAUUAAUAAUCUAGAUAGGAUAUGAAACACUAAACUUACUAAAUGCCAAUGAACAUAUCUUGUAGCAUUACUAGACUACCUUUCUAUGCUAUGCACAACUUGCUGUAGCUUAAUAAGGCUCAUUCCAUGUUUUAAAAUGCAUUUUUUUGUUAUCUGGAGUGGCAGUGGCUGAAUGUGGUUUCAUGACACUUGCACUGACUGAUAGAUUGAAUAUUGACUAUUGCGAAUAGAAGCAAUAAAGAUUGAUAGAGUUCCUU